UUUUCAUGCCGGAUGAUAUGCCACCAUGCUGAGGUUUAUUGUUGGGAAGAGGAUUGAGCUUGUGGGGUAGGAUAGCCUGACUGUUGUUGUGGUGGGUAGUUACCAUAAGUUUGUUGUGGACUAGGGCCAUACGGGCCACCAUAAGAUGGUUGUGGAGGGUAAGCGUUGCCGGGAUAAUGUUGUUGUUGUUGUUGAGGAGGUGGCGGAUAAGGAGAGUAACCACCACCAUAAGCAGGAGGUGCUGCAGGAGGCGGUGCGGGUCUGUCCCAAUGCGUUGUUCUGGUAUUAUGAUCCACAUAGUAUCUUUAACAAAAACAAGAUAAGUAUAAUAUUAGAUCAAGCAUUUAUGGAUCUCACAACUGACUUUCACUUACGGUCGACCUUCAGGCGUGUAUUUUUCUUCCCAUCCUUUAAAAUAUAUUGCGAAGAAAGUCAUGUAAAUUCAAACGACCUUUCAUUAGACAAUUGUUGCAACUCUGCUUACCUGGUGGUAACGGUCCUGUUGUCAUUGCUAUUAAUUCAAAGGUUGAAACAAAAGUUAAACGGGAGUGAAAGAAAAACGAAAGAUUUACUCAAAAAGGGGCAAUCAAAAAUUUUAGCUUUUUUUUUUUGAUAAUUAAGCUAUUUUUAUAAUGAUCAAACGUUCUUGGCCAACUACUGUUAAUGCUCAUAAUUUUCCUCGUCGACAGAUUUACUAAUCAGAAAAUUAUAAUCAAGCCUUAACACGUUGCGCCGACU